AAUUUCUUUUUCCUUUUUUUCGCUGAGCAGAAGAACCGGCCGGAAGUAUAUGAUAGUUCCCUUGGCGCUUGAACAGUAGGGCUCCAGGGAAGACGGAUUUGCUGUUUACCGGCAUGUCGUCGUCGGUGACGUCGACGUCGACGUCGUGGUCAGGAGUUAGGUGUUGGAGGACGGCGUUUCUGACGUUGAGAGAUGAAACUCUGACGAGCCCACCGCCACCACUUGCUCCGUUGCUUCAAAACCUCAUUUUCUCCCACCAUCACUCUUUGCUCUCUGCUGCCUCCGAGCUUCCUCCUCACGAGGUCACUUCGGAUUUGUUGUUUCUUCUGGAACUGGUUGCCACAGCAAAUGCUUCACAUGGCGGUGAUGCUGGAGAAAUGAUUCCUGCAUCUGCUCACACUUGCCGCUUGAUCCAUGAUGUCUGUUAUCGGGUUUCUCUCCAACUCAAUCCUUCUUCCUGGACCCUUGUCCUUAACUGUUUUGCCAAAAUCUUGGAUUUCCUUCUCGGCGCGCCUGGUAAUACACCUUCCGUUUCACCAAAUGCAAAUGCGAGUGCACCUAGAACAAGAACCGUUAUGGAUUGUUUGGAGACUUUGAGACGAUUUACCAUUUAUAGAAAAACCUCCGUUUCAGAGGAUGUCCACCUGGUCAAGUUCCUUCUGAACAGCAUAGAAUGCUUGCAAACAGACUUGGUUUUUUCAUAUCGUUACCGCCAAAGUUCUUCUGCCAAUGCUGCGAACAGAUGCAGUGGCUUAUGGGAAUUUCAAGCUCUUGCCUUUACUAUGCUCGGUGAAGCAUUUUCUGCAUCUGGAUCUUCAUUUCCUCGUGAUAUUUGCCAAUCAAUAAUUGAGGUUCUUAGAAAAGUGAUGGAUGUCCUAGGAUCUAAGAGCUUGCUUGUGGAAGACAAUGUUAUGUCAAGGUUCUAUGCGUCUCUUCUACAAUGUUUACAUCUGAUCCUUGUAGAUCCCAAAGUUCCCCUUUCUGAUCACGUGUCUAGUUUUGUAUCAGCAUUACGGAUGUUCUUCGUUUAUGGACUUUCUAGUAGAAUACAGCCUUCAUGUCCUGAUGUUGCUCACAAGGAGAAGCAGCCUGAUUUAAUGACCCUGAAUUUGAAUGCACAAGAGCCAAAGAGGAGAAAUCAUGCCCCAUAUAGGCCUCCCCACUUGCGGAAAAAGGAAAGCAUUAACCUGAAGCAGGACAAAGUUCUGGAUUCCCAGUGUUUAUCUGAUCACGAGUCUUCAGUGGUAGAUUUGACUUCAUUAGAUUCAGAUUAUAGUGACAGUGAAAAAUCUCUUAAUGAUCCUGACUGUGUUCAGAGGUCUAAGGUUAGAGUAGCUGCUCUUGUUUGCUUACAGGUAGGGGAUCUUUGUCAGGCUGAUCCCAAAUCAUUUACUAGUCAAUUGACAAUUCUUUUGCCAACUAAUGAUGUAUUACGACCAAGGAAGUUUGAAGCAACUUUAAUGACAGUCUUGUUAUUUGAUCCUUAUUUGAAGGCGCGGAUGACAUCUGCUUCAACUCUUGCAGUCAUGAUGGAUGGGCUAUCAUCUGUUUUCCUGCAAGUAGCAGAGUACAAGGAAUCUAAUAAAUAUGGAUCUUUUAUGGCCCUUUCCAGCUCUCUUGGAUUGAUAUUAAUGCAACUUCAUACUGGUAUUUUGUACUUAGUCCAGUGUGAAACUCAUAGUAGAUUGCUGGGAUCCUUAUUCAAGAUUCUUGUGCUAUUGAUUUCAUGCACUCCAUAUUCAAGAAUGCCUGGAGAUUUGUUGCCAACAGUAAUUACAUCUUUAGAGAAGAGGAUUGGGGAAGGAUUUCUGUUCAAAACAGAUCAAACUGGUUUGCUGGUUGCUGCAAUGGGUUGCUUGACAGCAGCUCUUUGUACCUCCCCUUCCCUGCUGCAAGUUAGAGAGAUACUUUUGGAGGAGAUAUCCACAGUACCGCCAAGAAUGAAAUUAAGACAAGUAGAAGAGGAUUUUCCAUUCUUCAAACCUUCAUGGUAUCAGAGCGAUUCUGAUCCAGGAGAAUCAUCCCGAUUGAGCCGCAGUCAAAAAUGGCAUCGGGAGAACUACCGUCUUCUCUACCAGAAAUUUCAUCGGGCUCUUACCAUCCUUCUCCUACCAGACAUGGCUUGGUUGAACCAUCCUCAUCAUUCCUUACUUGGCAUAAGCUGA